AUGCUCUCGUUCAAGUCUACCGCCCUGGCAGCAGUCACCCUGCUGGCCGCCACUGCCCGUGCCGACUACUAUAUCGAUCCCGAUAGUGUCUCUCUGUCCACGAGGACUGCAUGGUGCCAACAGGAGUUGACGACCUGCCCCAUCAUCUGUGAACAAGUCGAGCCGGGGACCACUAUUACAAACACAUGUGAUCCUAAAACACUUACAUACGGAUGCCUUUGUGGAAACAACUUGCAACCCAAUGUCUCGGAAUACUCCCUGACUCUUCCAUACUUCACCUGCACAGAAUGGGGCACCCAAUGCGUGAAGGCUUGCGGUUCCGAUAGCAGCUGUGCCAGCUCCUGCCGCGAGGACCACCCAUGUGGUGCUCAGAACCCGCAAAAGACCAACGCGACCUCAACCGGCACGGCAACGGCCACCAGUACCAGCACAUCCACUGGCAUCACCAUCUACACGGGCCUGGACGGCAGCAGCAGCAGCUCGAGCUCUUCCAGCCCUAGCGGCAAUGCCGCAGCUCCCAACCUAGAGGCUCUCAACAUGGCCGGACUCUUUUCCCUGGCUGCUAGCGUUGCUGUUGGCUUCAUCUUCGUACUGUAA